CUUUUCUCUAGAGCGGGCGUAUAGUGAUAUGGCUAGCGAGGCGUUGCUUACUUAGUAUCGACUCAAAAUACAAGCUUUGUUGGGCUUUAAAAAUGGCCAUAUGCAUUCGAAAUAAAGAGAUAUUGUUGAGGAAACAUCGGCUAAAUAAAUGGCUAUGUUUUUCCGUCGAAAAGAAGGCAAAAUGAAUCAUAUAUUCGCUUUUUAUGGACACAUAUCUUGGUGAAAGCACACGAAGGCAGUGUUUGGGAGUCGAGAGUAUGCUGUGGUUUUUGCCAUGAUUCCGUUCGAAUUUAGCAUGGAAUUUUGAUAAUUCACAUGGAGUUGAAAAAUUGUGAGUUCUACAGCGGGUUUUUGUGAAGAAUGUCAAAUUUUAAGACGACUUUCUAGCGAAUAUUUUGUUAAAAUUUUGGCAAAAUUAUAUGCAAAAAAUAUGGCGGCGACGAAGGAAGGGCGGAAGAGGAUAGCCUCGAUUCGAUGUAAUUGUGAACUAAGGAGAAUUCCAAUUUAAUCAGAAUAGAAACCUUGCCAUUUUUAAAUGGUUUUUUGGGUAAAACAAAUACGAAAUUACCUUUUUUAUGAAGUUGCGAUUGAAGUUGCAUGAGAUAUGUUUAUAUGUCAAAGAGUUCUUGGAAAAACUAAUUUCACUAAAUUUCAAAUGAGUCAAAUGUUCAUAACUGAAAAUGUAAAUUCUCAGUAAAUAUGUUCUUUCAUUUUCUAGUGCACCCCCCGUGAAAUACCACCUGCUUUUCAGGCAAUUUUCUCGCACCCUCCGUUCGAAGGUCCGCAAUUCGCGCAACAACUUUAUAUGCUUACGAAUUAUUAGUCACUACAGAAUCCUACCCGACAAUAGUCAAAGAUGUCUUUCUCAAUGGAGCAGCGAAUUCAAGCAGAAAGUCGAGGGUUUAAACCUAAUGAGGUAUGUAUUUAGCUCUCUUCUUUCUUCUGUUAAAAAUCGGGAGUGUUUUAUGGCAUGGUUUGUGUUUUGGAGAAGAGAAACCGUACGUAGACUAUAUCGGAAGGAAAAUGAUUGGCCUCCAUUUUAAACCAUGUGCUUUUGUUCUGCUUUGUACAGGUAUUGGAACUUAAUCUUGAUAACUGCAGAACGACUGGGCAAGUCGAAGGCCUUACGGAAAGUUUUAUAAAUUUGGACUAUCUAUCGUUAAAUAACGCUGGUUUGACUUCGUUAAAGAAUUUCCCUAAACUACCGAAUCUCAGACGCGUGAGUGCAAUUCUAUUUUCACUUGAUCCCGUGCUUUCUUCUCCCAAAACGUUUCUCUGUUGACCGAAAUAUCGUGAAACUACGGCGAUAUUUCGUAGAUUACCUCGCUAAUGUUUUUUAUUUUUGUUGUGUUUCUGCUGCAGCUCGAACUAAGUGAUAAUCGUAUCUCAUCCGGACUGCAUCACUUACAAGGCUUUCAAAAGCUCACGCAUCUAAAUUUAAGCGGUAACAAAAUCAAAGACCUCGAAACGCUCAAGCCUUUGGUACGUAUAAAAGCGAUGUUCUCCAAAAUUUACACCUUAUCCUCGUUUCUAGCUACGUUUAAAUACUACUAGAGUAUUUCUACCGUUGGAAAUAACUUGAUUUCUACGUUAUUAUUGCAUUUUUAGGCCGAAUUAGCAAACCUAAAAAGUCUUGACCUGUACAACUGCGAAGUCACAAAUGUUGAAAAUUAUCGAAGCGAAGUCUUCAAGUUAUGUUCGUCGCUUAAAUAUUUGGACGGUUACGACAAGUGAGUGUGUUUUAAUCCCGUAUUCGAGCAACUUUUAUGUUAUUCUAGCGAUACCUAAGGUUCUUGCAAGCAAUUUUAAAGAGAAAUUAUAAAAAAUUGGUGUUUGCACAUCUCGCAUACGUUUCCUUUGCGGCCUUUUGUAUGGCGCGCGCGGGUGCAAUGUUAAAUUUAAAUAUGUGAGCAUUCUCAUAUGAUUUGCCGCUCUUUUCUUGCCAGAUUUGACAAAGAAGCGGACGAAACAGACUCAUCUGCGGACGAUGAUGACGACGGUGAGGGUUUAUAGCUCAUAGAAACGAAUAAUUUGUCGUGUUAUCUAAAACCUUUUGAGCUAAGGCAGGCAAACAACGGCAUAUUUCAUUACUAUCAAGGGCUUUUCACUGAGCAAUUAAGAAAUAGCGGAGUAACUCUAUUUCAAGCUGCAUCAAAUUCAAAUUAACAUGUUAGUGAUGUAGUUUUCACAGAUUCCUAUGCUGUACUGGUUCCUGUUUUAGCACAAACGUUCGAUGCAGCUUCUGUUAGUGCUUUUAUCCCCCGACAGACUGGCAUUCUUUUUUUGUGUUUGAGGGGAAAGCCAUUUUGGGGUGGCCUUGUUUUACUUUCGUAGGAGACCUACCCUUUCUGUGCCCGUUAGAAACGGUCAAUCUUAAAAAUAUGUAUACAGUCUCAUAUAUUUCUCAAAUUGAAUUGCAAGACAAGUUAAUAUAUGUGGUUGACCUAAAUAUUCUUGACAGGGGGGUUGCGUCAGUCCUGAAAGAGUUAAUUAUGUGUGGGUGUUAUGAGAAGCCAUUCUAAUGCAUCGCAUGUUAUAUUUUGAUGAAAAUUUAUAUGGAAUUUUAGUUUUGGAAUAUGGAAGCACUUAAAUAUAUUUUUAUCUAAUCUAGAUGAAGGAAGUGACGGAGGCGACGACGAUGAUGUGGGUAUGUAAAAAUUCCCUUUGUAUAGCGUUAAAAUGAUGAAAACAGCGAGUGGGGUGGAUAACUGUGUGAUAAUGCGUAACUGGAUGUCCACACACACAAAAACUUGAUUUUGAAAUUAGUGUCAACCCAUAAUUGAGCCGCAGUGCGCCCUACUUAUUUUUUCACUUGUCUAACGCCAGUCGAUUUUACUCGUCAAUUGGGAAGCUCUGCAGCUUAAUGGGUUAAAACUGAAGACAGUCUAAACUGAAGACAUUUGUCAGAAUUCUAAACCUCAAAGUGUUGGCAUUUUGUUGAUGCACUUUGUUCUACUUAUAAAAAUACUGUAGAUCAAAUUGACUUUCAAAUGAAUGGGUCGUUCCAGAAAAGAUCCACACUCCCCCCACAGAGGAAAUUUCUGCCAUCCGGAGGGGGAGGGAGACAAAAUUGUUUCUGAUAAUAGUAAAUGUAUUAGGACAUCCGAAGGGGGUAGGGGGGUUAACUCCCAAUUUCCUCCGUGGGGGUGGUAUGGAUGUUUUCUGAAAUGACCCAAUGCGAAUGAACUAUAUUCUAUUGUUAAGCCUGCAAUAAUUGUGGGAAUAUUUGGACAAAAAAUUUGUAAAUCAAUUUUGCUUUCCUAUAAUUAUACAAACCAGCUCUUUAAUCUCUUAAUUUGUGCUAAUUUAUGUUAAUUAUGUUAAAUAUGUUAGUUGUGUUAAAUAUGUUAAAUAUGUUAAACACUGUAUUGUUGGUAUCCAGGAGAAGAUGAUGAUGAAGAUGGUCUUGAUGACGACCUUGAUGAUGAAGAAAAUGAGGUUGAUGAUAACGAAGAUGAUGAUGAUGAUAACGAAGAUGAGGACGAUGAUGAUGACGACGAUGAUGAUGAUGACGCUGAUGAUGAGACAGGAUUAGAAUACUUACAACGAAAGGACCUCCAGGUAAGGAACUUCAGCUAUUAACUAGGGGACCACCCCCCGAGAAUAUGAUGCAGAUGAUAAGACAGGAUUGGUCUAGAUAAGGCAGGGAUCCCCCCACCCCCAAAUUCUCCCUCCCCAGAAUCUGACAAGGAUGCUGAUUUUGAGACAGGUCUAGAAUUUCUACAGAGAGAUAACUACUGGUCCUAGACAGGGUGGGGAUUCUACCCUCCCUAAGAUUCCCCCUCUUCUCUUUCAGUCUAUUGCAUUAUUUAGUUGCUAUGAAUUCACUAAAUAUAAGAGGUUUCCCAUUACCUAAUGGUAGAGUUCAAUGUUAACUGCACAGUUAUUGUUGAUUUCAAGUCACUUUUCAACGCGCGGGUCCCAAGUUCGUUGCAAACUUGCCAAUUACGUUUCCAAGUUCGGAAAUUAGGCGUGAACUUCGCAACAAUGUUCGCAAGUACAUCCCAAUGUUUGAACUAUUGUAAACAAAUGUUCAUAGUUCACGUUGAAAUUAACCAUUCAAUGGAAAGUUCUUGGUCCAGUGGUCUACCAAGAAGGUUUGUAUUUCAUUGAAUUGGUUAUUAUUAUUGAGUAUGAACAUUUGUUUACAAACGAAGUUCCAACAUUGAAAUGUACUUGCGAACUUUGUUGCGAAGUUCGCGCCAAAUUUUCAGAACGUAAGUUUGCAACGAAACUUGGGACCCGCGUGUUGAAAAGUGACUUGAAAUCGACAAUAACUCCAAUGUCAAAACAAUUAACUGGCUUUCGUAAUUGUCUUGAUUAAACUUGUGCAAAUGAAAAUGGCUUAAUAGGCAGGCAAGAACCUUUUGGGUAGGUUUUGACAUCUGGUAUCCAAAAUCAGGAUAGUAGGAUACUGCAAAUCUCUAACCAGGCUUUUAGCCAGAAGGGCGUGCAGGCGUCCUGGGACGCCCCUAGAACAAAAAAUGGAUGCCUUUGGACGCCCAAGUUCUGGGGAAAAAGGGAGAUUAUUUUCAAUUAUUUCCCUAAGUAUAUUAAUAUAUCUGAAACGAAAUAGCUUCAAUUCUCAUUAUUAUUAUACAUUUCACAUUUUGAUCAAUUUGAUGGUGUACCUGGCUGAAUGAAAAUGUCGUAGUUAAGUAAAGAAGCAUAGCGGCACAAACUCACAAAGCCAAGUGUGUUUGAAACUUUUCGAACGAGCUUGGAACAGAUACUGACAUGAAGUAACGUAAACUUCAAAGGUUUUCCAGAGGAACGUUUUCUCAACACACCCCUUUACUGUAGAUGUAUCGUUGCACCAAAAUUGGACGCCCUCUUUAGGACCCGGCCUGGCUAAAAGCCUGUCUCUAACCGUUGAGAGUUUGGCAAUCGAGUUUGUACAAAAUUCAAGGUUUGUUGUACCUGACUUGUACGAAAACGUUCUCUGUAUAAAUGAGUCAAUGUUCUGUUCAGGAUGAAGAAGAUGAUGGUGAUGAUUUCGAACCCUUGGAAGACGGAGAAGAAGACGAUGAUGAAGACGACGAUGAUGACGCCGAUGAAGGUGCUGCCAAUCCCGCGGCGGACGCAGGCGUGGACUGAACACCCAAUCACCACUGUUAGAAAUAACUGUUUAUAUUUCUGUACCUAUUGUAUCAGAGCCGUCAUUUUUUCUUAGUGUAAUGUCUUGUUGACAUCUGUACAUAAACACACCACCAGGCCAUAAGAUGAACGCAAACUAUCCAAGGACGUCUUGCUUUGCGCUUGAAAUACUCUUAUGAACAAAGAAAAAAAAACUUUGCCAUGCGCUGCGUUGGAGUUCUAGUAAAAUCGCUUGAUAAAUUUUA